UAUGUCUUGUUUAUAAAAUGGUACUGCCUGCUGUGUUACCAGCUUAGAGGUGAAACAUCAAAUUUAUCUAAUGUUAAACAUAUUUUGUUGGUAAUGUCAGGAAAGGGAGGUGUUGGAAAAAGUACAGUUGCCGUACAGUUGGCUCUUACUUUCAGAAAAUUCAGAAAAAAGGUUGGAAUUCUGGAUAUUGAUCUGUGUGGUCCAAGCAUCACCCAUAUGUUGGGCUUAGAAGAUAAAGAUGUACAUCAGUGUGAACAAGGUUGGGUACCAGUUUAUGCUGAUAAUGAAAAAUCAUUAGCCGUAAUGUCAACAGGAUUUCUUUUAAAACGUAAAGAAGAUGCCAUUAUAUGGCGAGGACCAAAAAAGAAUGCAAUAAUAAAACAGUUUUUAGAAGAUGUAUAUUGGCAAGAUAUUGACAUAUUAAUUAUUGAUACACCGCCUGGUACAUCCGACGAACAUUUAUCUGUCGUUGAAAAUAUUAAACAACUGAAACCAGAUGGUGCCAUUUUGGUCACGACGCCUCAGGGUGUAUCAAUUAAUGAUGUUCGACGAGAACUGACAUUUUGUAAGAAGGCAGAAAUUCCAGUUUUGGGAAUAAUUGAAAAUAUGAGUGGGUUCGUCUGUCCGAAUUGUUCGGAAUGUACAAAUAUCUUUUCUACAGGAAAUGGUAAAUUAUUUGCUGAUAAUGCAAAUGUUAAGUUUUUAGUGCACAUAAAGAUUAAAAGUUCCAAAUGUGUUGGCAAGAGAUGGAAAAUAUCAUUGUACUCUACUACCAUGAUCAAAAACAUCAGGAAUGGUUCAUUUAAACUGUGCAUAUGCAAGAAGGUGUUGUUUUUCCUGUUUGAUAUGAUUUUUGUUGACAUCUAGCUGCAAUCUGUAUGUCAUCACCUAUUUCCAUUUUCAAAUAAACACUUAUUCUAUGUGUAAAGAAUUUUCGUUCUGGUGAUUUUUCAAAAUUUUGGAUGUAAUCAAACAAAGAACAUUCAUUAAAUUUUGUUUUUGCAACAGAAUUACUUCUACAAAAAUGUUGGAAAUGUUGCAAAAAGCCUUUGGUGACAAUAUCAAAAACAAGAGUUUUUGAGUGGUACAAGCUGUUUGAGGAAGGCAGAGAAUGCGUUGAAGAUGACCUACACUCUGGUAGACCAUAUACUUCAACUGGAACAACAUGUUGUUUGAGUCAGAGAUUUGGUGCUCAAUGAUCAUCGUUUCACAAUUAUGGACAUUAAAAUUCAGUUAUAAAACAUAAGACUAGUGAAAAUCUCACAUUUUUUUUUCU